UAUUAGCCACGCCCAAUGCAGACAAAUAGAACUGAAAACAAACAUGAAGUAGAUUUUCAGAUUUUAAUUUUAGAUUACAAGGGCAAACUUAAGCACAGAUGAACUGUUCACCACAAUACUUACAAUGUGAGCUAACGAAAUCAGUAUGGUAAGUUUUGUGGGCGUGGCUUGUCCACUGUAAACUGAGGGAAAUCGGGCGGUGCGCGAUCAGAAGCAUGGAAAACAGAGAGAGAGCAGCGGCAGCAGCAGGAGAGCAAAGUUAAACCAGCGGCGUUUACGCAUCAUGGAGAGCAUCAUCUUCGCGCACUGAUCCCUUUUGGAGAAAUCACUUCAGCUUAUAUUCAUCUUCUGGAUUUAAUGUGUUCGGUUUGGGAUCUGUGAAGGCAUGGUGUAGUGAAGCGGUCAGGAAGGAUGCCCGAGCAGAGAUGUGCUCCAGCCGGAAGAUCAUCUGGAGUCUGCUGGUGCUGUCGGUGCUGGAGAUCGGGCUCGGGGUGUCCAGCAUCGCGCUGGGCGCGGUGGGCAUCAGCCGAGCAAAAGCGCAGCACAAGACCCAGCAGGGCGACGCUUCUCCGGUAUGGAGCGGAGUGUGUUUUCUUCUCUGUGGGCUGUGUGGGAUGCUGUGUGCACGGAAGAGGACAGGACUUAUUAUGAUACUGUUUUCGUCCUGCUGCAUUUGUGGGUUGAUCUGUGGGAUCCUGAACUUCCAGUUUGUGCGAGCGCUGGUCAAGCGUCCCGACACCAUGCGCUCUCUCCAUCUGGCCGUCAUGUCUCUGGCGUGUUUGGGCAUCAGCAGCUGCACUCUGUCCACAUGGCUGACCUGCAGACUGGCCAGCAGCGAACAGCAGCGCAUGUUUCUGGAGAGAGAGCAUUCGCUGCAUCACUCGCAUGAAAUGGCCGAGAAGGUACGCCUGGAGCCGGAGGUCUUGGACAACACCAGCAACGGCAUCUCUCAAAUCUCCUACAGUGGACGCAGCGCCUCUCCGUGACAGAUCUCCACCCACUCGCUCCACACCGCACACUCCUCACAGCUGAUUGGCUGAGUGCAGCUGACAGCGCUUCACUCUGAUUGGCUCAGUCUGACUGACAGCGCUUCACUCUGAUUGGCUCUGUCUGACUGACAGCGCUUCACUCUGAUUGGCUGAGUCCAGCUGACAGAUGACAUUCUCCAGUCAGUGUCCAUUUACCUGACGACCUCAGUGAAGGUCAGAACUGAAGACCUUGACAACCAGCACUCGGAAAUCUGACAUCCGAGUCCGAAAACAAGCAUGCAAAAAUCUCUUCUCUCUCUCUUCUCUCUCCGACUCUCUUCAUAUUAGGUUUUUAUUCACUCACAAAAUGACUUCUGCUGCUUGUUGAAUCUACUUCUUUAACCCUGUGCUGCUAGAGACGCUUGCUGAGGUGAUUUUGAGUCUUAAUUUGGCCACAACUUUCUCUGUGUUUCAGCAAAUAGGGUGAUUUUUGCUGACAAAUCUUAUUUAGACACAUGUUUUGGGGAAAAUGCUUUGAAAAUUAAAACAGAAUUGAGCAAUACACUGUGUUGACUACCCUUUUGUUAUGUUGGGGCUGUUUGUGCCCUAUUGACUUCCAUUAUAAUGACAGUUUUUGA